AUGAGUAUAAAUGUAUUGAAGUUAGAUAACCAGAAAUUCUGGAUUUUUUAUCCGGCAACUGUGUUAAUUAUAUGUGGGAUAAUUGUACAUGAUGUGAACUGUGUGCCUGUCAAUGUAGCCUUAAACAAGCCCAUAAAGGCUUACUACACAUGUGGUGCUUUUGAGAGAGAGUCAUACACAACGCUAACAGACGCGUACAGUGCUGUGUCUAACAGGCCCAAGAGAAGUUGUAGUUAUGCCCCUGCCAAUGCCACUGGUGUUAAGGCAACUUUUCCUGCCGAGGCUAUGGUGGAUGGUGUUAGUACUACAUGGUGGCAGAGUACCUCUAGGUUCAGGAGUUACGAGUAUGGAACAGUGUUAUUUAAUGAAAGGUCCAUGGAACUGGAGGCCAUGAUUAAUAUUGAUCUCUAUUUGCUCCAUUUAAUCUCACUCCUGCAGGAAUUUUUGGCUUCCAAAAUAACAAUCCAAAAUGGAGAUGCUCUCACUCCACAAAGAAUGGCCAUAGAAAAAUCAACAGAUGGAAAUACGUACACGCCGUGGAUUUACGCCGUCUCCCUCCCGGACUGGUGCGGCACAAUCUUCCCCUCGGCCUACAAAACUGUCCCAUCUUCAGUCACAGACACCAUUUGUGUUGACUAUGUUGCUGAUGACAAACCACCUGGUGAUGCUAUAACAGUUGAUUUAAGUGAAGUUCCUAUAGCACUAAAGGAAUGGCAGAGAAUAAGGUAUCUCAAUGUGAAGUUUUAUGACAUGAUGUUUGUUUAUCCAUUCAACUCUCUGGCUAAUUCAUAUAACCACUAUGCUGUUACGGAGUUGUCAGUCUUUGCUGAAUGUCCCUGCAAUGGCCAACAAAGUGGGUGUGAAAUCAGCAACACAACGGGCAUGUAUGAGUGUAUCUGUGGGGGAAACACCAAAGGAAUGUUCUGUGAAUCUUGCUUACCACUCUUCAACCAGUACCAGUUUAAAUAUGGGGAGCCUUGCGUUGCUUGCAACUGCUUUGGUCACGCCAGUAGCUGUUUCUACCAGGCAAGUGUUGAGGCAGGCAAUUUUUCCCUGGAUUCUGAAGGCAAGCGGAGGGGUGGGGGUGUUUGUGUGGACUGUCAAAACUUUACAGCAGGGGUCAACUGUGAAAAAUGUGUCGCCCUGUACUACAGACCCUCUGGAAGGAUCCAGACGGCAGGUGACGCGUGUGUUCCCUGUUUGUGUAAUGCCUCUGGGUCAGACCUGAACCCUGCCACAGGUCUGGUGGACUGUGUGAUGAGCGAUGAUGUAGCAGCUGAAGGAAAGAAACCAGGGGACUGUUACUGUAAAGCAAACGUUAUGGGGUCAAAGUGUGACACCUGCAAACAGGGCUUUUAUAACCUGCAGUCAAGUAACCUGCAAGGCUGCAGCUUUGUUCAUAAUGGCACAUUUGUUGCAAGUGUUAAUAAUUACUUCAUGUCAGAACAUUAG